AUGGCGGCUGCAAAGUUAUUUUUGUUGUCAUGUUUAGUGGCGGUUGUUGGAUACUUUACCUACAAGGAGCUGCAAGUUAGCACGCUCGGUUUGGUUAAGGAAAUUCAUAUACCAGCCAAGCAGUCUGAUGUGUUCCAGAAAUUGUUCGACAAUCCUGAAUUUUACCUUAAAAUCCAUCCAUUAUGGUACGUAUUUUUGAGGACUCUUUUUCACAAUCGCGAGGUAUCUUUCGAUAUCUUUCGAGUACUUGUGCCCAGUGGCUUUCAAAAGCCACGGUGCAGGUGCGAGUUUGAUAGAAGAACAAAAUUUCAGUGACCCGAAUUUGAAAUGCGUGGCAACCUGUUAAGUGUUAUGGUUUUUUUAAUGUGUAAACUGUGGGCUUUAAUUAUAGCUUAAUUGAUUCCCUAAACUUCUAUACUUUACCUUGUAUUGCAGCACUGGUGUUAGCAACAUUGUCAGAUUCAAAGACAAUGAAGGACGAAGAGUUGUUCAGUUUGAUAUCCACGAGAAGGCAGUACUAUUUGGAUUCUAUGACACUGGCAACAUUACAUUUCAAAUUACGACUAAGGAGAAAGAGAAGAACACUGCUACCCAAACUACAGCCUCUUUGAUUAAUGGAAUGUUUCAAAUCAAUCAAGAAUUCCACAUGUCGGAUUCUGAGGGUGGAACUCUGCUGGAAGACCAUGCAUCAUAUACAGCACCUCGUAUUCUUGCAAGAAUUGCUUUAAGCGAAGCACAUUCUGCACACUCUGCUAUACUUGAAAAUACUAGACAACAAUUCAUGGAGCUUUCACUCCAGCCUAGCAGUAAAUAG